AUGUCUUUUAAAGAAUUUCGUGACCUGCUUAUUCUUCUUUACGGCGAGAACAUUGUUUCUGAUGAAGAGUUUUUACUGCUCUACGAUACUUUCAAAACAAAAAAUCCCGAAUUUCCUCAUGGAAACUACGAGCGAUUCGACCUGGAUUCUAUGAACUCCGCUGAAUGCAAAGCAGAGUUUCGUGUCGAGAAGCAAGACCUACCUCGCCUGGUUGCAGCACUCCAACUACCACCGGUGUUGAGAUGUGAACAGAGAAGUAUUUGUGACGACAUAGAAGGGCUAUGUAUGCUUCUCAAAAGAGUUGCCUACCCAUGCCGGCUUACCCAUAUGAUUCCGCGAUUUGGCCGACCAGUUUCUGUAAUAAGUCUGAUCACAAAUGAUGUGAUCGACUACAUCUAUGACGUUCAUGGGCACCUUAUAACCCAGUGGAAUCAAGAUCUCCUGAGCCGUGGAGCUUUACAGCGUUAUGCAAAUGCCAUAUCAGGACAAGGAGCCCCCCUUGACAAUUGCUUCGGUUUCGUGUACGGGACUGUCAGACCCAUUUCAAGACCUGAUGAACGUCAUAGAAUUGUUUACAAUGGUCAUAAGAGGGUUCAUGCCUUGAAAUUCCAAUCGUUGUCUGUACCAAAUGGACUCAUUGGAAAUUUAUAUGGACCAGUUGGUGAGUUUUUUUAA